CCACCGCUGAGAUCCAUCGAUGAGGAAGUGUAACUGAGGCUGCGAUGUGAAGGGAGGGAAGCAGCUCAUCUCUGUAGUUCCUGCAGAGAGCGUGACUGAUGACCACUCAGUACUGGGAAUUGUAAUGAUGUCGAGGGAAUAUUAUCAGUGAUUAUGUGCCUUAUUGGCACCGAGUCGGUGCCGUCUCAGCGGUGAGGUUUGUGGAGGGAAAGAGAGAGGAGGAGGAGGGGUAGACAGCCUGGCAGACAGGUGCGACUCCACUGCCUGUUUCAUUUUCUCUCGGUCCUUUGCCAGCCAUGGAUCCCCGCAAGGAAAGCAAGGUAAGAAAAGCCAUGAAACCCAAAACGACGAAGCGGAAAGGGAAGAAAUACAAAACGGGUAGGUUCAUCAGGAGGAAAUCGCUGCGAUCUUUCGGAGAUUUCAUGGGAAGGAUCAUAAAAACUUUGGGCACUUUGGCGCACUUUGGGGACGCGGAACCACCGGACCCGGAGGACGACGAUGGCGGCUUCGGGCAGAGCGCUUCAGGGGGUUUCAAAGACGAUUGUCCACAGGUCUGCAGGGAGGGCACCGUGAAGAAGAGCUCCACGGUGUCCUCUUCUCACGGUUCGGUGAAAGACAGGCUGUCGUGGUGCUACGGAGACAAGACCCCCGGGGUGCUGGGGCUGAAGAACCACGGCAACACCUGUUUCAUGAACGCCGUGGUUCAGUGCCUCAGCAACACGGACCUGCUGGCAGAGUACCUCGGGCUGGAGCAGUACAAGUCGGAUAUAGUAAGCCACAGGAGGCUGAAUGGGGAGUCUGUGAGGGGCGACGAGCACCAGACCAACAGGGGAGAGGUGACCGAGCAGCUGGCUUCGCUGGUUCGAGCCCUGUGGACGUUUGAAUACACGCCUCAGCUGUCUGUGGAGUUCAAGAGCAUAGUGGCCAAGUACGGCUCUCAGUUUCGGGGAAAUUCCCAGCACGAUGCCCUCGAGUUCCUCCUCUGGCUUCUGGACAGAGUUCAUGAAGAUGCUAAUUCUAGCCCAAACAACAACAACAGCAGCAGCAGCAGCAGCAGCAACAACAAGACCAAAGCCAACACCAAGGGACCCGGUUCACUGGAGGAGCCUUCCAGUCCCAGUUCAGCCAACACACAGCAGCCUCGAAGUCGACACAGUUUUGUCCAGGAACACUUCCAGGCUCAGUACAGGUCCUCUCUGACAUGCCCUCAUUGCCUUAAGCAGAGCAACACCUUCGACCCAUUUUCCUGUAUCUCCUUGCCCAUCCCUCUUCGGCAAACAAGACCGAUGUAUGCGACGCUAGUUUUCAGUACAAAGGGUCAGAGGUACUUGCGGGUGGGGCUGGCUGUUCCUCUCUUUGGUUCCAUGUCUGGUCUGAGAUCCAUGGUGGCAGAGGAGGGCAACAUCUCCCCAGAACAGGUCAUCCUCUCAGAGCUCUACUCGACGGGUUUCCAGCGUUCCUUUUCCGAUGAAGACGACCUGACAGCUAUUGCUGACAGUGACGUCGUCUACGCCUUUCAGGCUCCUCCCCUCUACAGUCGUGGAGGCACACAGCACUCAGGGUAUCACCACAGCCUCCCCUCCUCCCCCUACUCCUCCUCGGCUGGACCUGAUGGUCAGAGAUUGCUCUCAUCUGGCACUCUCUCCUCUGAAUACCUGAACCAGGGAGGCUUCUCCAAGGUCCUUUUCCUCAUCUGUAACACAGCUGGAAGUGGCCAGCAGGCUGUCAGGUUUGGACCCCCCUUUCUCAUGUGUGAGGACAGGAGCGUCUCCUGGGACCAGCUGCAGCAGAGCAUCCUCAGCAAGCUCUAUUAUCUGAUGCUGAAUGGAUCUCAGGCUCAGAAUGCUGGGGUGCUGUUCAGGAUCAGAGUGGUUGGGGGAUCAGCAGCCUCCAGCUACCUCUCCCCACAGGACAGCCGACCACUGUACCAUCCAGCUGUUGACAGAGCUCUUAAGUUCUGUGGUCCAGGAGGACCUCCGCAUGUGAAGCUUGUCAUUGAGUGGGAGCACAAGACUAAAGAAUGUCUGUUUGGCAGCAUUCAGGAAGAGGUGGUGAAGGAUGCAGAGAGUGUUAGGAACCAACAACAGCAGCAUCUGCAGCAGCACAGCUGUACACUGGAUGAAUGUUUUCAGCUGUAUACCAAAGAAGAGCAGCUUGCCCCAGAUGAUGCCUGGAAGUGUCCACACUGUAAGCAGUUGCAGCAGGGCAUGGUGAAAAUGAGCCUGUGGACACUCCCUGACAUCCUGAUACUCCAUCUCAAGCGGUUUCGCCAGGUUGGCGAGCGUAGGAACAAAUUAUCAACCCUUGUGCGCUUCCCCCUCACUGGUUUGGACAUGGCCCCCCAUGUAGUGAAGAGGAGUCAGAGUAUGAGGAAUGUGAGCUUAGGAGCCUGGCCACCUUCCUGGAAGCAGCCUUCAAACCAACACCACCAGCCUGCUGACUUGACCCUCCCCCACGACUAUCUCUACGAUCUGUACGCUGUCUGCAACCACCAUGGAGGAAUGCAUGGAGGACAUUAUACUGCUUACUGUAGGAACUCGGUGGACGCACAGUGGUAUAGCUAUGAUGACAGCAGCGUAGACUUGGUGCCAGAGGAGGAAGUAUGCACCAGAGGAGCCUAUAUCCUCUUCUACCAGAGACGCAACAUCAUCCCUCCAUGGUCAGCCAGCUGCUCCGUCAGAGGUUCCACAAGUUCAUCGAUGUCAGACCACUGGCUUAUUCGGCUUACAGGAGACAGCAAAAGAGGCAGUCUGGUCUCUCGAUCCUCCACAACUUGCCCAUCGUCCUUACCUGACUCGCCUGAGUCUCCGGUCUUCCUUGAUGAUGGUGAAAAAGAGGAAAAGGCAGGGGGUUUCGAGACCAGGCCAUUUAUUAGGGGUCUUCAGGGACGCAGUGUAAGCAUGAGAGCACCCAGCAAAACCAAGGACACCCUGAGCAAAAUGCUCCCCCUGCGUUGGUCCUUUGGUUCGAAGGACAGACGUAAACCUGACCCAAUGCCUCCACCUGUCCAAGAUCCUGCCCCUGUUGAGCUGGUACAGUACCUGGAAUCUGGCCGACGGCCUCGGUGCACAAAGGAUCCGAUCGUAACAUUGAUGGGUGAACCACGCAGCAAGGAAUUUGUUGAUGGCCGUACUUCAACAAAUGCACGAUCUCCCAGUGUUGGGGGCAUGAGUUGCAUGGGGAAGGCAGAAGAUGACCUACCACCUGAGCCUCCACAGGUUCCAGAGGGUCAGAGGAGGUCAUCAGAUAAAACAACCAGCUUGAGACGAAGCAAAGAGAACAAGGCAAGAAAUGAGAGCAGCACGAAUAUCAGCAGUAGCUCUAGCAGUAACACCCUCACCAGGAGAAAAGAUGCCCAGAAGCAGAGCUCCUCCAAAGCUUCCCAGGAUACUGAGACCAAACAGAGUUCCAGUGCAGGAGUGAAAUCCAGCUACAGCACCCCCAUCCUAAAUGAUGGGACUCUUAGAAGGCAAAAAGGAGGGACACCUGAACGAGAAAACCACAGUGUAUAUGAAGGAAACUCUAAGAGUAAGAAAGGAGAAGUACCCAAGAGUUCUCCCCACGAAGGACUGCUCUCAUUCCUCAAAGGUAACUUCCUGAAGAAGGAUAGAGACUCGAGGAAAUCCAAGGAGGGCAAUUCAGCAAGAGAUGGAGGUGAGGAAAUAGGUCGAAGUAGAACCCUCCCUAGACUGUCCUCGUCCAAUGGGGCAGCUGGGGGAGUAUCUGGAGUCGAGGGAGGCAAGGCCAAAAGUUCAAGCCAUUUGGGUGAGGAUCUGGCAAAUGGGAAGAUGCAUGGGCGAAACCCAGCUGACAUUAAGCGCUCUCAGAGCUCCUCCAACAUCCCCACCAAAGCAGAGCAGAGCAUGCGAAGGACGGCAUCUUUGCAUCGUAACGGGAUGUCUACGGCCCCAGCACCAUCACGUAGCCUCACAACGGACAAACCAUCUUAUGGAACCCUGCAGAGAGCUCGGUACAGCACUACCUCGCUGGGACGCAAAAAGAGAGUCCCUGAAUCAAGCUUUUGACACAAAUAGAGUUACUCAACCCAUCAUCACACAAAGCCUUUUAUAUGUCAUAAAGUGAAUGACGUCCAAUCCCUGAGAUCAAAGCAAUAGAGCUCCACUCACAAUGGUUUGCCUUUUCGUUCCCAGAAAAUUCACUGACUUAAGCUGUUUGCACCACGGAGUAAAUGAAGGGUUCUUCACUGCUGGGAUAUGAAGAGCAGGAUAACAUGUGACCUGUCUUUGGAACGUCGGAGGACGUCAAUUUUUAUUUUGUUUUUUUCUAUGACUUUAAACAAGUGCCUGAGCAACUAAUAUGCAGUCUAGACCAAUGAACUUGUCUGUUUAGCACUGGAAAUCUCUUACACCUACACACACAUACAAGCAUAAUCCACGUUUGUGUCUUAUUACUGUAGUAUGGGUGGUGAAAUUCUAAUGAUGGUUUGCUUACAUUGAAGACACAGUGAUUGUGUCCUUUACAGGAAUGUAUGGUUUUCACUUGAUUAAUGGUAGUGUUAGGAGGCAGUGGUGUCUGAAGUGCAAAAGUUUUGUUUUUUUUUCACUUUCUCCUCUUUUUGAAGCUUCUGUGAAAUUUUCCAAUUUCCCAAAAUUUGGGACAAAGCACUACCUUUUAUCUCUUCAUAGACUUUGUCCCGUACAACGUGUAAGUAGCAUUUUUUAACAAAAAAAUCAAAUUUUCUUUUUUUUUAAUCAUAUGUGUUAUGCAUCAACAGUCUUUGCCAUAAAAAUAUAAAGUUUAUUUGUGCAUGGUGCUGACAGUCACUUUGUCUGACUUCUACAAUGCAGCAGAGGUUCCAGCAUAAAGAUAUGUCUAGAAAUACACAAUCCUGCUGUCUUGUUUGCUUGAGUAGCUGUUCCGUCUGUAUUACUGUGUAUUAGACUCAAAACACCUCACAGGAGCUUUGGUAUGUUUUGAAAAUACAUGAUGGCUUUGAACACAAAACUGUGGGUUUAUACAGCUUUGAUUUGUCCCCGUUUAAACCUGGCUGGGGUUCUUGUUUGUUGAAUUUAAACUUACAAUGGAAAUUACACAUGACACCUUAAAUAUAAGUGGUACUCUGCAGGAUCACUUGGUCUCUAAAUCUGUUUGGCCAAAUCAAAGAAUCCCUUCGAGGACCAUUAGCACUUCCUAGCUGAGCCUCACUAAUCUCCCUGUAGCAGGAGAGAAUUUGAAAAGUACAUCUGUCUGCUGUGAAGUGUUAUGCUGAUGCAAAUUCAACCUGAAGAAAAUGUUCUACACCUUUAAAUGACACAGAUUAACAAUGUUGAAUGCAUUCAAUGUUUUUUUCAUUGUAUUUAAUGUACUAUUUUGGCAUAACCACUGUAAUUUUAUUAAUUUAUGUUUCCUUUGUCAUGCAGCUGUCAGAGAACAGUUGCAUAAAGGUUUGGCUUAUAUGAAGGAUAUAACUAUAAUCACCACAGCACAUAGUGUGAGAUAAGCUGCUCACUUUAAAUAACAUGCUGUUCUUUUGAAUCAGUUGUUUUUUACUGAAAAAAUAACCUCUUUCUAAAAUGUUGAGCCUCAUUUUGUUGAAUGUACAUCCAUUGAAAGGACAUUUGAAAAGCACUCCCUGUCCAGUGAAAAUGAGGAACUUGCACAAAACCCUGGCAUCCACUGAUGAUUACUGCUGCAAUCAUGCUUCACUGUAAGAGAUCCGGAAAGGUUGUAGACUUUAAAAAAAAAAGACAUUUUCAGCCAGUUACUAAAAAGGGAAAUCAUCCACUGAACCUGAGGUGCCAUAUGUGUUAGUGAUGUGGGAUGUAACUUUUCCGUCAAUUAUUCUGAGUUUGACCAGUGUUAUUUGAAGGAUUAUUAAAAUGUCAUAAAAAUCCCAAAAUGAUUGAAAUACAAAUAACAUUGUAUGUAUUUCCAUUUAUGAGUGCAUUUACUGUGUGUUUACUGUAAGACAUCCAUGACAUUUAACAAUUUAUUUCCAUAUGGCAGACAUGUAAUUAUGGUACUAUGGAAAACCAUUAUGUAGAAACAAUAGAAAUGAUACAUUUCAUUUAUGAAACUAUGUUUUGAUUCAAUUCAGACAGUAAAUGUAAGCAACAAAGGAAAUACAUGUAGUGAUGAAUAUUGUAUUCCAAUUCUGAAUUUGAAUAAUUGAUUGUAGCAUUGUUAAACUUCCUUUUCAUCAGCUCUAAUUUAGGGGUCAUUCUAUGAAUCAGGCUUGAAUGAAGGAUUGUGGUGCACACUGUCUUGAGUAUUUUGAUAAAUUAUGAUGGAGUUUA